AUGACUAACGAACUACGUCUUCAUGCAUCUGCUGAAGAUUUAAAUAAAGAUUAUUUAACAUUAUAUCGUGUUUCAACUCCAGUAUCACUACUUGGUCCACAAGAAAUACCAUAUGAAGAACUUAAUUAUAAUCUUCUAAAUGAACUUCUAGAAAAACUUGAAAGUGGUUUUAUACGAAAACCAGUACAUUUUAAUAAUCUUCAUUUUCUUCUUCUUUUAUUAUAUGAUUCACAUGGUUAUCAACGUGAUCGUUAUCCAUUAUGGCGUUGGUAUUAUCGUAUAAAAAAGAAAUUUCUUACAGCGAAACAUUUAACAAUUGAUACAGAUAAUUCACGUCAAUAUAUAUUAACUGCACUUGAACAAUUCAUUGAUACAAAUGUAACGAUAUCAAUAUUAAUUGAAGAAGGUGUUCAAUUAGAAGAACAAUAUCUUCAUUCACCCAUACAUGGUCUAUUUAAAUUUUAUACACCUUUACAUACAUAUUUAUAUAUGGAACAAAUUGAUAAACCAAUAUUAAAUGAAAAUUUAAAAAUAUUUCAUUUAUUUCAAUCAUCAUUUAUGAAAUUAUAUCAAAAUUUAUGUUGUGAUUUAAUACAUUUUUCAAUUGCACAUAAAAAAACAAAUUUACUUAAUAAAAUUUUUGGUGAAAAUAUUAAUUGGUUAGAUUUAUCAAUGAAUUUAACAACUGAACGUGGAUGGUUACCAUUACAUUAUGCAUCUUAUGUUGGAGAUAAAGAUACUGUUAAAACAAUAUGUGAUGCAUUAACAUCACCAACAUUAUCAAUACAUUUUAAUACACUUUCAUUAUUAAUACCAAAUUUUAAACAAGAAUUAUUUGAUAGAAAUCCAAAUGAAUACAUACUUAAAACAUUUGGUGUCGAACAUACUACACAUACAACAAAACAAAAUAAAAAUUCUCGUUUACAAUCAUCAUCAAUUGAUAUUCAUAAAAAUUUAUUAGCAGAACAAUAUUUUCAAAAUAAAUUACGAUCAAAUAUUGAUCCAAAAGAUCAACCAUCAUUAUCAGGAAAUAUUCAUAAUAAUAAUAAUAAUAAUAAUAAUAAUAGCAUAAAUAAUACAAAUGAUAAUGAUAUUCCAGAUGCUGAUGAACUUGAAUUAAGUUCAUUACCUUUAAUUCAACGUGAUGAAUUUAUUGAUAAAGUUUUACAUAUGUAUGAUACAAAACAAAUGCUUAUAUCAUCACCACUUAUUCUUGCAUGUCUUGCAACUUGUGGAAAUCGAAUAGAUUAUGAAGAUAUUGUUAAAAUAUUACUUGAAUCACAUCUUUUUGAAUAUGAUGGUCUUAAUCAUGAAUGUAUUCUUAAUCAUGUUGUUAAUUAUAUGCAUAGAAAUGAUUAUGCACAUUUUCAAAGUGUACAAGUUUAUCGUGAUACAGAAACUGAAGGACCAUCAGCAUAUAUAUUUUAUCAAUUUGAUGGUUUUAUUGUUAAUCAAGAUGUUAAACCAAUAUCUAGUCGUGUAUCAGGUUCAUUAGCAACAUUAAAUACAUCAAAAAAUGAUGAAUCAGCUGAAUCUGAUGAUGAUCAUCAACAUGUAACAACAAUAAGUGUUCGUUGUCUUUUAACUGUUUUAGUUCUUCGUGAUAUAUUUAUUCAAUAUCCACGUUGGGAUUUUCAUUUAUUACGUGAAAAUAUUGAAGAACAUUUUUCUGAUUUAGAAAAUGCUCUUGGUUGUCGACCAACAAUACUUUAUCCCGAUGGUGAUAUUAUAUCAUCACGUAAACGUAGUGAUGUUACAUGGGAAGUUAUUGUUCGAUAUCGUUUAAGUUCAGAAACAGGUGAAUCAUUAUAUAUGCAAGUUGAUUAUUAUUUUUUUGAUUCAUUUGGUGAUCCACUUGCUGAUGCUUUAGUAAAUGCUUAUCAAACACCAUUUUAUAUAUCAUGUAUGACAGAUUCAACAAUUAUGAUGAAUACAAUAUUUGAUUCUUUUUUUAAACGUCGUCAUCUUCAUCGUUGGGGUACAAUUGCUGAAAAACAUUUAGAAAAUUGUUUUGAUGGUAUUUUACAAAUAAAAAAUAAUUGUACAACAUUUUUAUCUUUAUGUACAACAUUAAGUCAUUAUUAUCAAUUGGAUGGUGAUCCAUUUAUUGAAGAAAAUUCAGCAACUAUACAACGAAUAUUUGUUCAUGCAUUUGCUUGUUGUGUACGUCGUAAUUCAAAAAUUGAACUUGAUUAUUUAAUUAAAAAUCAUGCUUUAAUUUAUUAUGAUUCAUGUCGAACAAAACCAAGUGAUAUUCGACAUAAUAUUUUAACUUAUUGUGUUGUAAGAAAUUUAGCUGUUGCAUUUGAUCAAUUAAUGACAAAUAUGAAAACAUCAAUGUAUAAAACAUAUCAAAAUUCAACUAAUCCUGAUUGGCAACCACAUAUUGCUUGGAAAGAAAUAAUUCAUGUUAUUAUUGAUCCUGUUUUACAACAACAAAAUGGUUCAAAUGAACAAAAUGAUUUAACACAAUUAGCUUGUUAUGGAGAUACAAAUACAAAUUCAACAUCAAUUGGUAGUGUACCUGUAUUACAUGCAUCAGGUGAAGAAUAUAUUCGAUGUAUUAAUUCAAGAAAAAAUAUUAUAUUAAAAGCAAAAAGAAAAUUACCACGAGCUUCAAAUGAUUUUAAAAAAGUUCAACCAAUAAGAAGUCGAGUGAGUAGUUCUGAUCGACAACAACUUAAAGAUGUUAUUAGUCAUACAGAUGGUCUUUCAACAAAUCAUAAGAAUGGAAUUUAUAGUAUUGGAACUAAUAGUUAUAGUUCAGAUAUAGGAGAUAAUGGAGGAGUAAAUGAAAAUCUAACGAAAAAAUCAAGAAAUAUUUUUAAAAAUGUUAAUCGAUUACGUUGGGGUGGUAAACAUGAACGACAUAGUACAGCUGGAAUAACGACACAACAACAACAACGUAAUAAAAAACGUAUAAGUUCAACAAUAGGAGCAUGUGAACUUGAUGAAUCAUCAAGACCUACAGAUGCUAUAAGUCUACCUGAUGUUAAUGAUGAUGAAUCGAGUGAUGAUGAUAGAGAUGCUGAAACAUCGGAUGUUGUUUGUCCAACAACACCUAUAUUAACUCAUCGAGCAAAACUUCAACGCAGUCAAACAAUUGGUACUGUUCAACGUCGACAAUAUCCAUCACGUCGGAAAGCUUUACAACAUUUACGAGCACUGUUUCGACCUAAUCGACAAAAAGUCAAAACUUCUAUUGAUAAUGAUCAUGAACAAAUGCCAAUGAUUAAUGUUAAACGAACAACACAAUUACGACGAACAUCAAGUGAUCGUGAUAAUCAUAUAAGAAAAAAAGAUGAAAAAACAAAUGAACGACGAAAACAUUAUCGUCUUCAACGACGAUCAGAUACAGUUGCUUUUGCAUAG